GUAGAUCAGGAUGGUUCCUUCUCUUCCACACAUGAAAGUUCUCUUAUUUCUAUUUUUAUUUCUAUUUUUUUAUCUCUCUGAUGGUGUAAAUGGAUUUUUGUGGAGUAAAGAAUCGUACAGGCGGAAGGUGUCUCUGGAGCUGAACCCUGGGUUGGACCCCGGCACAGUGCUGCCCCCCGGUGUGUCGCUGCUGCACGCGCGGGCUCUGGGUACCGACGACACCCUGCACUUUGUGCUGUGCAGUGGGGGGGCGCCGGCGCUGCUGCUCGUCCACACCGACUCCAACCAUUCGGUCCUGAACGUGAACUGGACCGCUUACAUCAGCAAGCACAACGUGGCCAGUGUGAAGGUCCUACCAGAGAGUACUGUCCAGUACAGCAGUGCACUCGUCCUGACUCGGUUGUGGGAGUUUGAUGAGAGGAACCAGUCGGAUGUGAAGGUUUUACCUCCGUACCAACUCCAGGACUUCAGCUGGGACGACAUGAACCGAACCAUCAACCACACACACCUCACUGCUCAGCUCUGUGGUACACACACCAUCUCUAACACCUCCGCCUGUAUACAGUUUUCGGGGUACGAGUCCGGGGGGCGUGAGAGGGCGUGGCCGAGCCUCCUCCAUAACGCUAACUCCUCCCAGCUGCGCGUGGUUCUGAGCGGCGUUAAGCCUCGCACCAACCAAUCACGGCUGGCGCUGGAGCUGCAGGUGGUGACCGGGGCGGAGCUUCGGAGCAGAGUGGACGUCCACCGGUCCAUCGACGACGAGCACACGCCCUCCAUCUUUAAGGUGUCGGAGUGGGUGUGGUCUGGAGAUAACUCCUCCUCCUCCUCCUCAUUGGUCGGUUACUCUCAGUGGAAACCCGUGGCGUAUCGUAAGAACAUCCCCGCCAUCGAGGACGCGUGUCCCUGCAGCAACUCGGAGCCCGUCCCCCUGCCCCGCCCGCCGACCACGCCCAUCAUCAGCGCCUUCUUUACCCACAAUCCCCACACCUACGGCCUCAACGUCAGCUUCCACACCGUGGACGAGGAAGGCUCGGACGCCGUCCAGUUCAUCAGCUGGACCGUGUUGGCAGGAAUCGGAACUCCCCCGGCAGACUUCUUCUCUCCUCUGGUGAUGUCCAUCAUGGCCGUGGGCCUCGGCACUCCUCUCGUCCUCUUCGUCCUGGGCGGCGUCUACAUCUGCAUACGCAAACUGAGGCGCGACCUUUCCAGCAGCUACCAGCGCAUCAACUAACACCCGCCACGCCCGGCUCUGCAAACCGACCAAUCAGACGUCAUUAAGCAACUGAGAUUGUCUGACAAGCCCCGCCCACAGUGGCAAACUGACAUUUAAAACUGUUGAGUAGUGACUUCUGAUUGGUCAGAAAUUGACGGCAAUGACAAUCAACUGAUACUGUAGCGCACAGGCCCCGCCCACUUUUUUAAUCUUUUAUGUCGCCAAAAGCUCCGCCCACAUGUUCAAACUGACUAAUGACGUUUUGUAACGAGACAUCGUGAGAUCUGAUUGGUCAAUUUUUUUUAUAAUGAGAGCGUAAAAGCGACCAAUAAUCAAUGACGACUGUAGUGCACAGGCCCCGCCCACAUGUUUUUACUGACCAAUGAACAGUCAGAAUGCUAUUACAUUUUGUCAUAACGUGGUGAGAUCUGAUUGGUCCGUUUUUAUAAUGAGAACAUAAAAGCAACCAAUAGUCAAUUAGGAUUGUAGCGCUCAGGCCCCGACCAACUUUUUAUUUAUGUUGCCAAAAGCUCCGGCCACACGUUCAAACUGACCAAUGACGUUUUGACAUCCUGAGAUCUGAUUGGUCGAUUUUUUAUAAGGACGACAUAAAAGCGACCAAUUAUCAAUUAGGACUGGAUAGCACUGGCCCCGCCCGCAAGAGCAAAUGAGUAAGUUUAAAGUUGAGUAGUGACUUCUGGUCACUGAUUGGUCAUUUGAGACUGUAGUGCACAGGCCACGCCCACAUGUUUAAACUGACCAAUUAAAAGUCAGAAUGCAAUACUAUUACAUUUUGUCAUGACACGUGGUGAGAUCUGAUUGGUCCGCUUUUAUAAUGAGAACGUAAAAGCGACCAAUAAUCAAUCAAGACUGGAUAGCACUGGCCCCGCCCACAUCUCAAACUGACCAACGAGAAGAAUUUGCUCAUUACCCUGGAAUGUAGCGCACAGGCCCCGCCCACUUUUUGUCUGUUUUGUCACCAAAAUUGGUCAACUGAGACUGUAGUGCACAGGCCCCGCCCACAUGUUCAAACUAACCAAUGACGUUUUGUCAUGACACGUGGUGAGAUCUGAUUGGUUGAUUUUUUUUUAUAAUGAGAUCGUAAAAGCGACCAAUAAUCAAUGAAGACUGGAUAGCACAGGCCCCGCCCACUAGAACAAUUUGACAAAUGACGACGUUUACAGUCCAGUGGUGACUUCUGGUCACUGAUUGGUCAAUUGAGAUUGUAGCGCACAUUCCAUACUGACCAGUGAGAAGAAUUCGCAUAUUACCCAAGACUGUAGCGUGCAGGCCACGCCCUUCUUUCUGUUAUGUCACAAGAGCUCCGCCCACGCUGUCAAACUGACCAGUGACGUUUUGUCAUGACACGUGGCGAGAUCUGAUCGGUCAGUUUUUAUAAUGAGAACGUAAAAGCGACCAAUAGUCAAUUAGGACUGUAGCGCACAGGCCCCGCCCACUUUUAUAUUUGCAAUGUUGCCAAAAGCUCCGCCCACAUGUUCAAACUGACAAAUGAGGACGUUUAACGUUGAGUAGUGACUUCUGGUCACCAAUUAAGACUGUAUAGCACAGGCCCCCGCCCACAAGAGCAAACUGACCAAUGAGAUUACCUGACACUUACGGUUCAGGUCCUGACUUUGUGCCAACAGUUUGGGGAAGGUCCCUUACUGUUCUAGCAGGACUGUGUACAAACAUCAGUGCCUGACCCGACAGAUGCCUGGAAUGGGCACAAACCCCCACAGACGCACUCUAAAGCCAAAAGUAUGUGGACACCUGAUAUCUUUGGAGUGUGUGAACGUGGGUUUGUAGGACCACCAGCCCACUGGAACCCUGGUCGGUCGAAACACUUGUGAAUAAUUGGACGGCGUUUCUAAAUAUCAGGCAUCAUGAGGUGCGCGUCUGUGGGGAUUUGUGCCUGUUCAGCCGUUUGUCGGGUCGGACGCCGACGUCCCGCGAGAAGGCCUGAGAGUUCCGAUUCAUCCCAGCGGUGUUUCAUAGCUAGAGGUCAGAGUUCCUACAGGAGAGGCCAGAUUCAACCAAUCAGAGCGAGGGCGCGUCCUGGGGGCGUGGCUUCCAGAUCUCAGGUUAUAUAUUCCAGGACUAGAAGAUAUGAGGGUGUUUGCGUUCGCUGCUCAGUGCAAACUGUCUCUCUCAUUUCAUUUUCAUUAACCUCCCUAUCCUGGUCAGGGUCCCGGUGGGUCCUGUGGUGGCAAGAACACCCCAGACAAGCCAUUGUUAACAAAUUCCCACAGACACACUUUCAGACUCUCGAGCGGCUGCUGUUCUAAAUGAAAAGGUCACACAGAGGUCACUCUGUUUUAAUAAGGGACGUCCGACGGGCGUCCCGAUACUUUUGAUCAUUUUUGCACCGUUGAUGUUUGUGUGUAUGUAUGUGUGAUGCUGACGAAUAAAGAUUCAUACCGUAA